AUGCCUGCAGGUCGCGGCAGCAAGAGGUCUCUCGAAGAAGUCGUCAAUUACGAGGACUCGGAUGAUGAAGACUAUGAUGAUCGGGCAGCCGGGCCCUCGAAGUCUCGGUCUGCCAAGUCUCGGCGGCGAGGCGCUCCCGUCCGCAAGAAGCGAAGAAGAGGAUACAACGGCUCCGAUGUCGACAGUGACUCGGACGAGGUCGUGUCGGAUGAGGAAGAUUCAUUUUCUGAUGAGGAGGACGAUGAUGACAUUGAGACAAACGCGAUAGGCCGACCUGUUCGGAGAGCUGCCAAACAAGCCGUGAACAAAUACGAAGAAAGUUCGGAGGAAGAGGAAGAUGAACUUGCCAAUUCCUCAGAAGAAGACCGUCCACGUCGCCAAGCCAAAACACCUCCGCCCAAAAAGUUGAUCGUCGUCCUCAAGACCACCCCUGCUCGUCCCACGAGAUCUUUGCGAAAUAGGAGCGGAAGUCACAGCGUCAACCAACCCACCACCUCAUCCGCACCCCAUCCUACAUUCACGCGAAAGAGCAGUCGUCUUUCUCACGACCCCGAAGAGUCUCUGGUGAAAUUGACCGAUUCGGGCAACCACGUCGAGGUCGUGCGCGAAGGUUCCCGGGAUCCUGAAGGCAUUCCUGCAAGAGCAAUGAAGGGUGGAAAGGGCCUGAAAUACCCCUCGAAAAGUACGAUUAAUGAAGAGUCACAGUCCCAGCCCAAGGAAGAGGAAGUCGAAGAAGAACUUGAAAUACAGGCAUCACAGCAUGAGGUUUUGGAAAGUGAUCCUCAAACCAUGGAAGAACAUGCAGAGGAAGCACUGCCACGCAUUGUUUCGGAUCUUGUGGCUAUGGCGGAAGCUGAAGGUGUCGAGAGCGAUGGCGACUUCAAUCCCGAACCCGCCGCCACGCAGGAAGAGGUAGCAGUGGAAGUUGAGAAAGCAGACGAAGAAGAAGAAGAAGAUGAUGAUGAUGAGGACGAGGAUGAGGACGAAGUGAGACCAGCACGGGGCAGGCUGACCCGUGGCUCUUCGAAAAGAAAAGUCGACUCGCCUGAGUUUCAACCACAGAACUCGCCCAAGCGACUGCGUGGGCGGACCCUGAGAGGUGAAGCCAAAUCAGGAGCAUCGGGCAGUCGUCGGCGAAAAGCCCCGGACGAGAGCAGUGAUUUCCAUCCUGAGGAUGAGACCGCCAAUCAAGACGACCUUUCGAGCUCCAGCGAGUCCAAUGCAUCCCCUCGCAAAAAGAAUGGCGACGAUGACGAUUACGAGAGCGAAAACCAAGGUCGCAGAUCUCGACGCCUCCGCAGUCAAGCAGUAUCUCGCCAACGUUCCGAAGUGAGCGACGAGGAUCUGGCUGCAGAGGUCGCAGAGCUGAAGCGCGACGGCAGGAAGCCAAGACGCCCUAGAGAGGAAGAGAUCGUCUUUGAGCCUCGCGGUCGACGAGGCGGGAAGAAACCAAACUAUGACCUCCUGAGGAAUCUCGCGCCCCUCGAGGAGGAGGAAGAAGCUGCCCCGUCUCCUUCUGCACGGGCUCGAAAGACCGGCGGUGGCGGUUGGAGCCGGAGUCUUUUCAACACUUACGGUCCAUUUGGUGGUGGCGGCGGUCUGCCACCUGUGCUAGGAGGAGGCCCUCAAAGGGCUCAAGGUGGCGUUGAUUCCGACAGCAGUGAUGAUGAAACGAUGAAACAACCCAAGCCGUUGGGCGGUACAGUAGGAAUGACUCCAACGACUGCUGGAGGCUUCAAUCUCUUCCCUCAAACACUGAAUACAGAUGCGGCCCAAGCUGCAGCUGGCACCCCAGCGAAUCUCGGCAAGAUUAAGGACAAGCAGGCGCUGGCAGACGCUGAUCCGCUCGGAGUCGACCAAAACGUGACUUUCGACAAUGUGGGUGGUUUACAAGGGCAUAUCGAUCAGCUGAAAGAGAUGGUUGCUCUGCCUUUACUUUACCCGGAGAUUUUCAUGCGAUUCAAGAUUACUCCUCCCCGUGGGGUUCUGUUUCACGGCCCGCCCGGGACAGGUAAGACGCUUCUCGCGCGAGCAUUGGCUACCAGUGUCAGUUCUCAAGGCAAGAAGGUCACGUUCUACAUGCGCAAAGGUGCCGAUGCCCUGAGCAAGUGGGUUGGCGAAGCUGAAAGACAAUUGCGGCUACUCUUUGAAGAAGCCAGGAAGAAUCAGCCUAGCAUCAUAUUUUUUGAUGAGAUCGAUGGUCUAGCUCCUGUACGGUCGAGCAAACAGGAACAGAUUCAUGCCUCCAUUGUUUCUACGCUGUUGGCGCUCAUGGACGGGAUGGAUGGGCGAGGCCAGGUUAUUGUUAUCGGUGCUACCAAUCGGCCUGAUUCCAUUGAUCCGGCAUUACGAAGACCUGGUAGAUUUGACCGCGAGUUCUACUUCCCCUUGCCAGGCACUGAAGCCAGAAGGGCCAUCAUCGACAUUCACACGAAGGGCUGGGAUCCCCCUUUGCCCGAAGCUAUCAAGGAUGAGUUGGCAGAAUUGACCAAGGGGUAUGGUGGUGCGGACUUGCGUGCUCUGUGCACGGAAGCUGCGCUCAAUGCGGUGCAGCGCCAUUACCCUCAGAUUUACAGCUCGAACGAGAAGCUCGCCAUUGACCCCAGAAAGAUCGAAGUCACACCCAAGGACUUUAUGAUUUCUGUCAAAAAGAUGACACCUUCGUCGGAGCGAUCGGCGUCGUCCGGCGCAGCUCCCCUACCGCCUAGUGUGGCGCCUCUGCUGCGUUACCAACUGGACCAGAUCAGCCAGCUUCUAGCAGAGAUACUUCCGCAACGGAAGAGACUCACAGCUCUGGAAGAAGCUCAAUUUGAAGACGCUGCCGACGGUCACAGUUUUGGUCGGGAAAGAAUGCAACAAACAUUCGAGACUACCAGAGUCUUUCGUCCUAGGCUGCUGAUACAUGGCAAGAUGGGCAUGGGGCAACAAUAUGUCGCUUCUGCUCUCCUCAAUCACUUUGAAGGUCUCCACGUCCAGGCCUUUGAUGUCCCAACAUUAUUCAGUGACACGGCGAGUUCACCCGAGGCCACGGUCAUCAGGCUGUUUUCCGAAAUCAAAAUGCACAAGCCGAGCGUCAUCUACAUCCCCAAUGUGCAGGAAUGGUACAACACAGUUGGUCAGACCGUGAUCUCUACUUUUGUGGGCCUUUUGAGAUCCAUCAAACCGACUGACCCUGUUUUGCUACUUGGGUUUGCAGAGGGCGAGUACGACGACAUGGAGGACAGCAUGCGCCGCGAAUUCUUCGGAUAUUCGAAGAAGAACCAGUUCCAGCUGAGGGAGCCCAAUCAUGCAGAAAGGUCCGAAUUCUUCCGCAGCAUCAAGGAGUACAUUAUCACGGCACCAGAUGAUUUUCCAGAUCCGGAGCAUCGAAAGAAACGUGAAUUGGAGAAGCUUGCCGUGGCACCGCCUGAACCGGAGAAGCCGAAGAAUGCAUUGAGCAAGGAGGAGCUCAAGGCACAAAAGAAGCGUGAUCGUCAAACUCUGAACAUGCUCAAGAUUCGACUGCAGCCUAUAAUGGAUCAAAUCAGGACAAAGUACAAGAAGUUCAGAACGGGCGUGAUUGAUGAAAGCCACAUUCGCUACCUCUACGACGAAGCUGAUCCAGGUACUGUGACAUCUGAUCUGCACACUGAAAUUCUGGCCAGAGCUUCAUACCGACCGUUCGAGAUUGGGAAGGACGCCCACGGUGUGCCGGGCUUGAUUGAUCAGGCAAAUGGAAACUUCUAUUACAACCUGGACUCUGUGACCAUUGAGAAGCGUUUGAGCAAUGGAUACUACAAGCGACCGAAAGACUUUCUGGCUGACAUCAAGCGCUUGGCCAAGGAUGCAAAGGCGAUUGGCGAUGAAGAUCGACUGCUCAAGGCCAACGAGCUCUUAGCAAAUGUCGAGGUGGAUAUUGGAUCCUUGGAAGUCAGUGAACCUGCCCUGACUGCGGAGUGCGAACGUGUUUAUCAGCGAGAACUGGAACGGGAACGAGAGGCUUUGGAAAAGGCUGAGCAGACCAAAAUGCCUCCGCCUCCUAAUGUGACCAAUAUUGCUCAGGGUUCGGGGACAACGACCACAAAUGACACUGGCCCCAUCCUGCUCGGCGAGCCCAUGCAGCGUCGUAACGACUUUGCUCAGCGGCUUGCUCCGACAUCCGACCAGGCCAAGUCAACCGAGUCGAUCGUUACGAACGGCAUCCACCCUAGUCACAACAAUUCAGAAGAGUUGACAAAUGGAUCCCACACAAAUGGGCACGAAGUCGAUGUGGAAGGGGACACACCCAUGGGAGGCGCAGACUCACACCCAUCUUCUCACAACAAGAGCAACGAGACGCAGCAGACACACACGACGAGCUCUUUUGGUGCACGUGCCUCUGCCCAAACAAGACCAUGGCACGCAUACACAGCACCGUCGCAACAGCUCAUGAAAGAAUCGGGGAUGUCAGCGCCGCCGUCCCAGACCGGAGCCUUCACCCCUAUGCCUCACGGGAGCCAUCCAGGGGAAUUCCAGAACGAUGCCAGCACAACUCAGUCACCGAACGACAAGAAGACAUCAUCCAAUAAUACGCAGCAGGAGAUUCAGCAGGACUCGGGCCCUGAUCUCUAUCCAUUCGAGGAGAGGCGGUCUGCUGGGGGUAGUCAGAUUCCAUCCACUCAAGGGCAAAACUCGCAAUCACAACCUGCUGCUGCUGGACAUCCCUCGUCAUCGCAAGGAGCAAACCAAGAUUCCAGCUCACAGCAUUCCGUAACCAUGCCUCCUCCCAUCGAGGCGCGGUCUCAGCGGCAUUCUAAUGCCAGCCGCAUCGACGACCUCCUCAAUCCUUCUGCAUCCCCAGAACAUCCAACAUCGCCGCCGCCGCCGCCACCCUCUCGGCCCAAUUUGGUCCAAGUCGAGGAGCACGCGCUUCAAAAUCUGCACACCGAGAUUACGGAUCAAACUAGCGGUCUGUCCGUGGAACAACUCGAGCAGGUGAACAGUGUGCUGAUGGACACGAUCUGGAGGACGAGGAGUGAGUGGGACAGAAACAAAGUGAAAGAGAAGGUGGCAGAGGCUUUCAAUGAGGUUAUGGAGGACAUGGCUGGCGUGGGACAGCGGUUUGGGGAAGGGAGUUGGGGCCGCAAGGCGCAGGUAUGA